AUGGAGAAUAACAUAAUUGCCAAUGCCACUUCACCUCAAACUAAUGGUCAAGUUAUUACGCUCAUACUGCAGACUCUAUUAGCCCAGCAAUCAUCAUCUGAUGAUGUGGCACCUUUAAUCGAACAGCAGCUAACAGAGGAUGCAGUUGUCGCUCAUACUCACCAUCAGCAACGCUGUACUGUUGUCUCGCGCGUGGUAGAAUCAGCUAUCAUCCAGAAGCUGUUGCAUGACGACAGUCCGCUCAUUAAUCUCUUCAACUGGGACGCGUUUCAGCAACGUCUUGCCAAUCUGCGCGCUGCUUUUCCUGAGACAGAGUUUAAUCAUGCAUUAGCCGUAAAGGCAAACCCAAUGCGAGGUCUAUUGCGUGGUGCACGAGCUAUGAGAUUUGGUGCUGAGUGCGCAUCGAUAGCAGAAGCUAAGCACGCCUUGUCGCUCGGGUUUGAACCGCGCAAAAUUGUAUACGAUUCGCCUUGUAAGACGAUGGGCGAGCUGCGUGAGAUGCUGCUGGCUGGUGUGUAUAUUAAUUUGGACAAUGAAGAGGAAAUUUGCAAAGUGAACAAGAUUUUUACGGAGCUAAAGGAGUCAGACAAGCAGUGGGAGAAAUAUGCAGAACAAAUUGGCCUUCGCAUCAAUCCCGUCUUGGGACGCGGAGCUAUCGAUGCUACCAGCACGGCUACUCUUUCAAGCAAGUUUGGACUGCCAUUGACAGCAGAGACGAAGCAUCGACUACUGACGAUCUUCAAGCAGAACCCAUGGCUGCAAGGGGUUCACGUACAUGUCGGCUCGCAGGGUUGUUCUCUCGACUUGUUGGCAGCAGGAGCCAAGAAAGCGGUAGCUUUUGCGCUGGAAGUUAAUGAUCAUGUCGGCAAUAAACAGGUGAGAGUGCUUGACAUUGGUGGUGGUGUGCCAACAAUAUACGACGGUGGAAAGCACGAAGCUUACGCCUUUAAGGAAUACGCGGACGCACUGCGCCGACAUGUCCCAGAGCUGUUUACGAGCGGAUUUUCGUCCAUCAUUACGGAAUUCGGUCGCAGUAUCUUUGCAAAGCCUGGAAUUACGGUGUCCAGGGUGGAAGCUAUCAAAGACUGGGUAGGUCAGCACAUUGCUGUGGUGCAUGUCGGCGCCGACCAGUUCCCACGCACAGCAUAUUUACCAGAGCAGUGGUCGCACUGCAUCUCCAUACUAGAUAGUCACGGUCGUCCCAAGGCAGAUCCCAGCAGUACAUAUUUGCGUCAAGAUAUUGCUGGCCCUCUGUGCUUCUCUGGUGAUUUUCUUGCAAAGCAGUUGCUGUUACCACCCAUUCAGGUUGGAGACUAUGUGGUGAUUCAUGACACUGGAGGCUAUACGAUGUCCAUGCACUCCAAGUACAACAGCCGACAAGUGUCGUCUACGUUUGCAUACUUGGCUAGUGACAGCAACGUCAAGUUUUCAAUGCUGAAGGAGCGCGAGACGACGGAAGAGACACUGGCUUGCUGGGGUGUUAAUCGCGAUGUUGAGCUGUAA